UGAUAGAUCUUCAAGGAGGCGGCUUGGCCUCAGAUUUUUUUUCUGAUUUGGGUACUGGUAUUUUUUUUUGCGUUUGAUUCGCGGUGUAUACGGCCACCUCUCGGAGAAGGGGUUCUCUUUGGCAAAUCACAGCUUGCAGAGAGACGAAAUCAAUUGUCGAGAUGAAUGCGUGUAUAUGCAACGUAUGGAUAGGUGGGAAAGAUGUCCCGCAUAAUUUUUGUGCAAGGUAAGAGAAUAUGGUUGUGUGUACAUCUUGUUGCCUCCGUUUUUAUGAUGCUCCCAGACUAGCAAGAGAAGAUACCUGCUCGAGGAGGGAGAACAAAAAAAACAAGUUUUUGUCGCGUGGGGACUAUCCGGAAAAAAAAAGAGCUGCAUGAGAGAUGACGCGAACAAGCGGAACAGAUAUACCGAACAAGGAAGAAGUGACAACAGGAAAAAAUAGACACAAGAACACGGCCUAACGAGAGAGCGGUAACUGCGACGCAGGUAAUUGCGGGUGAAUUGUGUCUCUGUUUCUAGCGUGUCAAGAGUGAGAAGUGAAAAAAUUGAUGACACACAAAAAAAACACCUGAAUAUAGCCACAAAGGUGUUUCACGACAAACUCAGCUCAUAACCUGUAUAGGAUAGUGCCCAGAAAUACACGUAGAUAGACUGCUGUCAAUUGGAGAGGAGAUACGAUAGGUUAAGAGAAAGAACGGUCUAAGUGUUUUUUUUUGUGGGUUUAGAGUCGCGUGAGAGUCAAAGCAGUAUAGAUCUUGCUAACAAAGGCAUACACAGUUGUCAGCCGAACCGAGUGAGCAUUGCACGUCUAUUACAACAUGACAUUCGAGCCGACUGGUUCUCCACAUGUGAGUUCGACGAAUUCAUCUAUGAUGUACACAAACACACAAUAUGGUGAUUACGUGUAUUCGGGUGGUUUCGGUAGACGACAUGCAAGCUUACAAGAAGGGGGAGUCAACAGUAUACAAAAUACUGGUACGACAACAGCCUAUUAUGGACAAGGAUACACGUCGGGGCCGUCUUCGAGCGAUGGAGGACAGCCAUGUAAUGUUUUGUCGUAUGGCUGCGCUGGUGUGCACGCAUCUCCUUGGCUAGUGAAUUACCAAGACAAUGUAAUGAUUCCUAUUGAGUCAGCAGUGCAAUCAAUUUUACCAAAUAGAGGUAGUCAAUCUUUUGGGAUUGUAGAUGGCAUGGAGGGAAGUACUGACAGCCGAACUCUAUCGAGCAGCGUCGUCAACACGGGGAAUGGAAAGACAGAAGCUGUUGGUAAUGAUGAACAACAACGAUCCGCCGUUCGUCCGCUACUUCUUGUCCCUGAUGUGAACGGUACAUACAUUAAUGCUCGAGGAGAACUAGAAAAUGACCAACAAAUAGGUGGUGAGUCACCUUACAUCGACACUACGAACAAUGGAAGGGCUCACCCUUCUAACAUGAAUAGCAAUAGACCAAUGUCGUCAUCAUCUUAUAAUCCCUCUCAAUCUAGCACAUCUAUACCUUGCAUGCCUCCCUCUCACACACAAUCUCUUCUUCUCUCAUCUCAAAAAAAUGACCAAUACGCACCUGCUCUCAACUCCACCCGUCCCUAUCUCAAGCCCUCUGAUUCCCUCAAGCCGUCAUCCAUUUCUACCCCUUACUCCGAAGACAAAUGCGAAUCUCCCUCUGAAUCUCUUCUCAACGGAGAGGAAGCCUCCUACAAAGACGAGAACUAUGAUAAAAAUCAAUUCUGCGGUCUUGAUGACGAUGAAAUACAUGGGUACAAUUCUCGCAAGCUCAACAAACGCCAUUGGGGCACUGGUAGAAAGAAGAUUGAGAUUAAAUAUAUCGAUAAAAAGCUUAAACGUCAAAUCACGUUCUCCAAACGCAAAUCCGGGAUGAUGAAGAAGAUACGUGAACUUGCUACACUUACAGGCACACAGGCAUUGCUGGUACUUGUCUCGGAAACUGGACAUUUUUACUCUUAUGCUACUUCUAAACUUAGGAGCUUGGUAACCGAUGAGAGAAAAAACAUCAUCAAGCAGGCUCUCGAAGAAUACGACAUCAUUGGACUUAACGAGCAGCGACCUCCAGGUUAUAAUUGCUAAAGGAGGAUACUCCUGAGUAUCCCUCGAUUACCCAAGUAGAGAAAAUGUGAGUUUGUCACAGAAAAAAAAUUGAACGUUGCGCGCUAAAAUCAGUUUUUCAAUGUGAGAGAAUAGUGUGCGCGUUUUCAUGCCGUUGGCUGAGUUUUUGGCCCUUACCCAGAGGGGUGUGCGGAGGGUGUUCAAACCGACACCGGAUGCGCGUAUAUUCCAUAGUUUUUUUGAUUAGGAAGAGUUUUUACGUCUAUUUAUAAUCUUUCGUCCCCAAGACUUUCGUAUUUUACGUAUCAAAAAAAGGAAGAGAGCGCGGCACGAUCAACAAAAGAAAGAAAUUGCAAGUCCCGAAAGGGUGUGUACGCGCCAUGCGUUAAAGAUGGACAAAUUCUAUCGUCUUAGGUAAAAAGGUACAAUUAAUGUAGUUGAACUGUUUAUAUCU